AUGAAAAAUCUAGAUAAAUCAUAUUAAGAUGUAAAGCCUAAAAAGUAUGACAGCAAAUAAUAACCUUUUGCAGAAAAAGAUGUAAAUAGCAAGGUAAAGCAUUAAUCAAAUGAGAGAUAAAAGUAAAAAAUGAAUGCCUAUGAAUACCAAAUUGAUCACUCAAACAUAUCUCAGGAUUAAAGUACUUCUAGCUUAAUCAAGAGAAUCUAAACUCAAGAAGAUUAAACAAAGGAUAUAAUGAGAGUUAUAAAGCUGAUAUAAGCAUAAAAUGAGAGCUUAGAGGAGGAAAAUCAUGUUGUCAAAGAAAACAUAAGAUUAAUUAGAGACAGUGUUUAGAAUUUAGCUGGUAAAUCAGAUGAAAUAAAAGUAGUAGAAGAAAAAAUGCAAGAAAUCAAAAAAGGGUUUGAAUCAGAUUUGAAAUAAAUAGGAAAAGAACUUGCCAAAGACAUAAUUUCAUUAAAUAAAAAAUUAGAGUAAAAAAAUAAGAGUAUAAAUGAAUAAAUACUUGAAUUUGACAAGAAACUUUUAGAAAUAAAUGAAAGAUAGAUUAAAUUGUCAAAGGCCUAUUAGACAUUCUGCAAGAAAGAGACUCAUUAAAUAGAUUAAGUUAAAAAAGCAUAAGAAGAUAAAAGCCGUGAGCUGUCAUAAAAUUUCGAUACAUUGACCAAAAAAAUAUAAAAUAUAGCAAGGGAGGUAUAAAGCAACAAAAGAGAAAAGAAAUUAAAAAAACCAGCUUUUAUAAUCUCAGCUACUUAAUCUUUAAAUACCACUGAUGUUUAUAAUUCAAAGAAUAUUGAUGAAAAGUAAUUGAACUAAACUGGACCACUGCUAGAUACUAUUAAUGAUCCUAUCUAUAACAAAAAACAGCAUGAAAUUAUGUAAAGAAUACUAAGUUUAGAAAAAGACCUAUUGGAUAUCAAGAAUACUGGUAAAGAAGAGAGCAAUUUUAACUCUUAAAGCAUGAAAUUAAUUGAAAAUCAGAACCGAUUAAAUCAAACUUCUCAUAGUUAUGAUUAUGGAAGAAAUUAAUCACCAGAUUUUAGAAUGCCUAGAUCUUAAAAACCUACUGUUUAGAGUAACAAUAAGCAUAUAAGCCCGCUUGAAUAAAGUCUUGAAAGAAGAGUAUCAGAUUCUAAUAUAAGUGAUAUUAGAUCAGCUUACAUAAGAAAUGCCAAAAAGAGAGCAUAUUAAGGCUUGCUUGAUGUCUCAUUUAGCUCGGGAUCAACUAGUUUUUAUUAUGAUACUGGAAAAAGUUAAAAAUAAGAAUAGAGAAGACAACCAAAAAUAAUGAAUUAAAAGAAUAAAGAGCCCAAAUACUCUUAGUUAAGAGGUUAAAGAUCAGGCAGUAAGAAAUCACUGGGGCGUAAAUCUUUUGAUGAUAUCCUAACAUUUGUUAAUAAAACAGCUAGAAAAUCAAAUAGAUCAAUCUCUAGAGGACCUUCAUAAAUGUCAUUCAAGUAGAGUAACUCUAAGAUUCAGAGUUAAAGAGGUGCUUAAUUUGAUUUGCUAGAAAGUUAUAUGAAGCAAAAGGAAAUAGUAAUGCAAGAAAGAGCAAAGAGACUAAUGGAUUUAAGCAAUUUAAAUAUCACCUAGAAGAGUCAUAAUCAAUCAUAAAUCAGCAGAGGACGACAACAAAAAACUAAUACUAUUACUUCAGUAUUUGUUGUUUUGCUCUGCAGAUAAAAGCCAUAGGAGACCGAGUAACCUACUCCUGAAUGGAAAUUUGCAUACAAGAUUGAGAAGCCUACCCAGUUCGAUUGA